AUGAUCUCGUUCUUCCUGCGGGCCACACUGGCUGGAGAAAUAACCACACACAAUGUCAGCAUGUACAUAGCAGCCUACAUCUUGGACUCGUGCGGAGCAUUCCUGCUGACGCUCAUGGCACUGCUGAUGGCCAGCAAGUGGGUGACGUACCUGGAAGACAGCCGCGGAGCCACAGGCGCACUUCUGCUGGCGCUAGGCGGGCUAUACAUCCUGGGCGCGGUGGUUCUGGAGUCCAUUGGGAUCGUCUUUGUGUUUAAAGACAACGCAUGGCUGCGGCACGUUGGCCAUAUUCUCCAUAUCACGACAGUGGCAGCGACCCUGGCAAUCAGCGCCCUCGGGCUCCUGGUGACUAUCUGGAAGGCGGUGACGGACACAGGCCGCGAGAAAAUAAUCGAGAUGAUCAACCUGGCAGUGCCCUUUACGAUGCUGGCGCUGUGGGCGUCGUUCGCCAUGGCUCAGACCAAGCUGCCGCUGAGCAACUCGGCUAAUACAAGCGAGGUCUUGUGGUACCUCCUCAACCCGCUGCCGCUCGGCCUUGUAUUGCUUGUCUGGGCCAUGUUCAAUGCCCCGCGCGUGUUUUCGUACGAGGCAUACAUGGCACCUAAGCCGCACGUAGGCAGAUAUGGGGGACAGGCCUACCGGGAGAGGCACGAGUACCCACAGGACAGCAGCGCUUACUACCAGCAGCAGACGGCGCCCGGAUAUGCAUACCGGCCACAGGAGCCGCCGAUCCACCAGCCACAGCAGCAGGCGUACCAGCAGCAGCCGGCGCAGGGCAGCUAUUACCAGUACCAGGACGGCCGUGCGAUGACAAACGAGGACAAGAUCCAGAAGGCCAUGUUACGAUAUGCGUGA